GGAGGUUGUGUGGGGGCUGAGGGGGGACGCGGCAGCCAUGUCGGUGCCGCUGCCGCUGCCUCUGCCGGCGGCGAUCGGGGACGGUCCCGAGGCGAAGGGAGCGGAGCCGCCGGAGCCGCUGGAGCUGCUGGAGCUGUGCGGCGCCUGCCGGGAGCGGCUCAGCCCCCAGCGGGAGCCGCGGUUGCUGCCCUGCCUGCACUCCGUGUGCCGGGGCUGCCUCGGGGCCGCGCCGGGAGCCUCCGGCAGCGACGGGCGGGUGUUCGACUGCCCCGUGUGCCACCAGCAGUGUCCCCUGGGUGACAUCAUGGAGAACUUCUUCCUGCAGGAGAGCGUGGCUGGGACAGCCCUGGGCCAGGACAGCGGGCAGAGCUGCACCAGCUGCGAGGACAAUGCAGCAGCCACCAGCUUCUGCCUGGAGUGUGCGGAGCCGCUGUGUGACACCUGCGUGGACGCGCAUCAGAGGGUCAGGUACACCCGGGACCACACCGUGCGGGCCUUGGGUGAGUCCUUGUCAUCCCCUGUCACCUCUGUCACCCCCUGUCACCUCUGUCACCCCCUGUGACCCCCCAUCACCCCCUGUCCCUCCCUCACCUGCCGCCACUGCCAGCUGGGCGCCCACCGCGACCACCCCUCCCAGCUCCUGGAGGACGCCGUUCGCCAGCAGCGCUCGGUGCUGGCCGCGCUGGUGCAGCGCCUGGGGAGCAAACACGCCGUGCUGCAGCGCUCCACCCGGGAGCUGCGUGGUUUUAUCCGGCGGGUGACGGACGUGCAGCAGCGCGUGCAGGUGGAGGUGAAGAUGGCCAUCCUGCAGAUCAUGAAGGAGCUCAACAAGCGCGGGAAGGUGUUGGUCAGCGACGCCCAGCGGGUGACAGAGGGGCAGCAGGAGCGGCUGCAGCGGCAGCACCGCGCCCUGAGCCGGGCGCAGCGGCAGCAGGAGCACGUCCUGCGCUUCGCGGCGCGCGCCCUCGACGGCCCCCAUGGCACUGCCCUGCUGCUCUCCAGGAGGCUGAUCCACUCGCAGCUGCUGCGGCUGCUCCAGGUGAUGGUGGAGCCGCUGGAGCCCCAGGGGGACAUGAAAUUCCAGUGGAACCUGCAGGCCUGGACCAAGAGCGCCGAGAGCUUCGGUGAGGGGACACCACACCGCAGGGGACACUGCAGGGGACACCACAGGGGACACCACACCGCAGGGGACACUGCUGCCAGCCCCCAGGACCCCUCCCCCACCUUGCAGGGCCACCCCCAGGCCACAGUGGUCAGUGGGGGACAGGUGACCCCCGAGCUGCUCCUGCAGGAGCAGGAGCCCCCCUGGGCCCCCCUGUGUGGGGCUGAGGGGCUGGAGUGUCCCCCCCAGCUGUCCCCCCCACACCUGGACCUGCAGCUGGCCGAGACCCCCGAGCUGGCCGCCAGCCCCUCUGAGAACGCCGACACCGGAGUGAAGAGGACAAAACCCGGGAGUUCUCCCAGGGAGGAGAAGUUCGUUAAGAAGCUGCUCAUUAAGCGGAGGGGCCCCCCCGGGGCCCAGGGCAGCCCCCGGCUCCCCAAGGUGCCGCGGGUGAGCCUGGAGCGCCUGGAGCUGGACUUGGAGCUGGACCCGGCGCAGCCGCCCGUGUUCCGCAUCUUCCCGGGGCCCUCGGCCGAGGAGUUCAGCGUCAUCGUCAUCGAGCAGGGGACAGCAGGGACAGCAGAGACAGCAGGGACAGCGAGGACAGCAGAGACAGAGGGGACAGAGGGGACAGCAGGGACAGCAGGGAUGGCGCAGCCACACGGAGCCCUCCCUGUCAAGGUGAGUGAACUCCGUGUCCCUCUCCAGGUUUCCUGUCCUACUCCCAUCCAAGUGAGUGUUCUGUGUCCCUCUCCCUGUCAAGACAGGGGUCUCCUGUGUUCCCCUCCCCUUUGUCCCCAUCCAGGUGAGUGUCCCCAGUCUCUGUCCCAUCUCCUUUGUCCCCAUCCAGGUGAGUGUCCCCAGUGUCCCACCCUGUCCCCUGUCGCUCUAUCAGGAACGGCGAGAAGAACGACACAGACUCUCUUGGGAGUCGAUCAGGAGAAUUUCUCUCUGGUUUAUUACCUCAGGUCUUUUUUAGUCCCGUGGCUGGACACGGGGGGGCCGCUGCCGCUCGUGGCCGUGCUCGCUGCGCCAGUGAAGGUGCCGCGGAGGGCGCAGGCGGGGACGGGCGAGCUCCGUUUCCCUGCCUCCUCUCUGUUGGCAGAGUUGGCGCGCCCAGCUCCGCGGUGCCCCUGGGAUCCACAGCCACUUGACACCUCCCUGGGGCCUGGGAUCCACUGCCCCGUGUCACCUCCCUGGGACCUGAGAUCUGCUGUCCCCAGGUGCCAAUCCCAUGGGAUCCCCUUCCCGAUCCCAUUCCUGAUCCCUGGAUCCCAGACCUCUGGCUGUCUCUGGGCACCGAUCCCAUGGGAUCCCAUUCCCAAUCCUAUUCCUGAUCCCUGGAUCCCAGACCUCUGGGUGUCUCUGGGCGCCGAUCCCAUGGGAUCCCCUUCCCGAUCCCGCAGCCCCGAAUGGACGUGUUUGCUGUGCCAGGAGCUGCCCCCGCCCAGCCCAGAGGCAGAGCAGGGCCCUCCCCACAAGCUGAGCCCCCAGGACCAGCAGAGGUGCGAGUUCGUCCUGCUGGAGCUGCUGUGCCACGAGCCCUGCCGGCCCCUGCAGCGCCUCUCCAGCUCCUUGGACGGCCGCGACGCCAUCGACCUGACGCUGAUGCGGGCGCGGCUGCAGGAGAAGCUGAGCCCGCACUACCGCAGCCCCGAGGAGUUCGCCCGCGACGGCUGGCAGCUGCUCCGGCAGUUCCACCGCCUCACCGAGGACAAGGCAGAUGUCCAGUCCAUCCUGGGGCUGCAGCGUUUCCUCGAGAGCCGCCUGAGCGCCGUUUUUGGGGACGAGAAAUUCUCGCGGCUGCUGGUGGAUCCCGAGGAACCGCUGGAGCUGUCUCCAGGCUCCUGAUCCCCCCUCCUGGGGGGCUGAAACCCCUCCCAGGACCUCGGUUUCCCCCGCGGGGGGGUCCCACCUCCCUCUCACGGUUCCGGUUCCCCCCCGGAUCCUGCCCCAGAACCUUCCAGGACCUGGGGAUGUCCCUGACCCCCAUUACUGCAGGGUCACUUGGAAAAAUAAAGCCACACCUCGGCCUCCUGGAUCCUC